AGCGCCGCGGCUGCAGCAUGGAAUGGCCGCGGGACCUGCUGCUCUCCCUGGCGCUCUUCCUCUUCCUGCUGUCCCUGCUCUUUCUCCUGCUCUUCCUGGUUCUCAAACAGCUCACGGACUCGGGGGCCGCUGCGGGGACCCUGCAGCCUGGACGCCCCUCGCUGCACCGGGACCCGGGAGGCUGUGCCCGCGAGCCGGCGGCGUGACUGGCCUCCUUGGCUCUGGCGCCGGACAGUGCCACUGAGUCUUGAGGUGGACCCUCUCCCAGACAGCAGGGGACGAGAGCUCAGGUUAGUGGUUGCCCCUCACAGAGAUUUCCAAACUUGCAAGUGCAAUGAAUUGGCUGUUCUAUUUGGAGAAGUGACUGUUAUCAGUUCAACGAGAACUGCCAUCGCAUGCACACCCGCAAAAUCCAGGCCAUGUGGUGAAGUAGUGCCUGUAUGAACGCCAGGCUUAGGGCACAGCUAUCGACAGGGACAGUGCCAGUGCCAGCUGGUGUGAUUCUGCAGGCUGGGAGCGGCGUUUAUCCGGAACGCGCCUUGUGCUGGCUUUUCUGGGAAUGACAAGGUGCCAGGAUCCGUUUUUAGUUCACAUGCAGGGGUGGAAACUUGGAGCUAGGCCAAGAUGACAGAGUCUCUCCCUGCAAGGAGAUGGCCAUGCUGGAGUCCACCUUCCUUUAAAGUGCUUUUCAGCAGCCCAACUCUGGCCAGAAGGUGCUGCUCACUACUGUUCCCUGCAAGGCUGUCAGAGAAGAGCAUCUUCUGCAGCUGGACCCAUAACCACCUUCCGUCAGCACAUCCAUUCUCAUGAGACAGAAAUUGAGAGGAAGGAAGAAGGAAAAGGAGAAGGAGAAGAAGGAGAAAGAGAAGGAGAAGGAGGAGAAGGAGUAGAAGAAAAAGGAGAAAGAGAAGGAGAAGAAGAAGGAAAAGGAGGAGAAGAAGGA